CUUAUUUACUUCAACGUCACAUGGUGGCAAACCUUAUGUGUAACAGCAACGAUACUACCACAGUUUCCAACCGCGAUAGGAGCUGCGCUUAAUCUGAUUCAGUAUGGAUUGAAUCAAAGUAUUCCGAUGGAUUUACGCGAAGGAGAUUUUUCCGAGUUGCUUAAGAUUUCUAUCAUGAUAAAAAUGUUUAUUCUCUUUGUUAAUCAACUAAACAAGGGGGAAAGGAGGUCUAAUUAGACAGAGCGAGCGAUAAUGUCAUUCGGGAUAAUUUUAAAUAGUACGAUGAUUACUCUGAGGAACCGUAUGUUUAACCGAAUUUUCUGUGCGACAAGAGAAAUAUUGCGUUGCCGGUGACUUUUCCGGGAUCCGAGGACAUGACCAAACUCCGAGAGUUGUUUCCCUUAGGAUCAGUGAACGGCGUUUAUUAUUUUCAGUGAUGCGGAUCCUAGGCCUGACUUUAAUUUUCCUUCUGUCCCAUUUCUCAUCGUGCAUGGAAAGUGCUCACAGAGUCGGUGUUUUAGAGCAUCAAGAAAUAUCAUUUCAAGAAAUUCGCUCCUUCCUUGUGAAACUAGAUCCGUACCAUGAGUUCGACCUUGUGCGCAUUCCAUCAAGUCAUCUGGAAAUGACCUUUGACACCGUACGGAAUGCUUCAGACUUGAUCAACAAUCGGAAUAUUUCGGCUAUAAUUGGAACAUACAGUGAAACAUUUGUCCAUGCAACAUGCUUCGAAAGAGUACCCUAUAUCGUCACAUCCGGUGUUCCGCAUGACGUCAAGGAAAGUCCUUUCCUGUUAAAUAUUCUACCGGGAAUACACAGUUACGCUUUGGCAAUCAAUGACAUUAUGACGUAUUUUAACUGGAGGAGAGUGGCUAUAAUAUACGAUUGGGAAGAAGAUAUAUUGCCUCUUCACAUGUUUCGUCCUCCAGUUGUGUCUUUACUGGUUGACAGGCACCCGACUGACCUUAAGGCAUACAACAUACGUCACAAUACGUCAGAAACGUACGUCAGAGGGAUCCUUAAGGACGUCCGUAGCAGAUUCAUUGAACGAAUAAUAGUGAUAUGUUCAUCAACAAAUACAAAAAUCGUUUUAACGCAGGCUUUAUAUCUUAGCCUACUUUCCCGUCCAUAUGCUUGGCUAGUUGCAAAUGUGGGGACAGAUGUAGCUGCCUUAGACGAUUAUUUAGAUUCCCGCGCUAACUUGACGUCACUUCUCCUCAUGAUCAACAGUAGCCCGGAUGACUGUGCCUUGGAGACGGUUGAUGUAUCUCUGUCUAAUGCCGUCCUUCACGACGCCUUCAAGGUUUAUAUGAACAUUCUAGAACAACAUGUCAGCAAAAACAGACUUCAGAUGAGGAAGGCUCUACGAAAUAAUGAUUUUAACAUGAGAAAUAUCCGUGUUCAUGGAUGUACUGGUAAACUGUCCUUUUCUAAAAAGGGGGUCAGAAAUGAGACGUAUCUGCAGCUGAAAUCUCUGGCUACCAGUAGAAAUGGAACGACCCAUUUAUUUCAGUACGGAACAUGGAGGAGUGGCAAAAACCGGGUUAGGGAGCGGAUCCAACCAUCACAGUCUUAUACGUCGAUGAUGAAGAGGGAUGAGCAGGAUGUGUUUUCAGAUGGGAGAAUAAGAGUCACAACAAAAUUGGAAGAACCAUUUGUUCAGUGGAAGAAUGAUUCCGGAAUCGGCAACAAGACAACAGACAUAGGUGAUCAACUAGAGGGUUUUCUUAUAAGUAUAUUUGAAAAGUUGGCGGAAGAGCUAGGUUUCUCCUUCAAUAUAAGUCUAGUACCCGACGGCAAGUAUGGAAGCUACAAAGGAAAAAAACGAGGAUGGACUGGAAUGGUUCGACAACUUUUGGAUAACAAGGCAGAUAUUGCUCUAGCACCUUUCCAAAUAACUCCAUCACGUUCCAGAGUUGUGGACUUUACAAAGCCAUUCAUGACAAAAGGAACGAGCUUGGUUGUGAAAAAACCCGAAAGAAGUGUAUCUCCCUUUCAGUUUCUAAUGCCUUUAUCCCAUGUAGUUUGGAUUACCAUAUUUGUGGCGUACUUAUUCACUGCUUUGAUGCUUUUCGCUGUAAGUCGUGUGAACUCUGAUAAAAAUGAACGCUGUUUAAACAAUUUUCGUGAGAGUUUCUGGUAUAUAUGGGGAACUUUACUACGUGGAAAUCUAACAGAGUCUCCGACUGGAAUAUCUAGCAGAAUUGUCAGCAGUGCGUGGUGGUUCUUCUCUCUAAUUGUGAUUUCUGUAUAUACGGCCAACUUAGCGGCUUUUCUGACAAUUUCUAAUGCCCACAUGCCUAUUACAUCCGCUGCCGAUCUUCCCAAACAGAAUGAUUACAAUUAUGGUACUGUCGAAGGUAGCCAAAUAGAGAACUUCUUUAGCCAAACUAAUAUUAGCCACUACCAGGCUAUGUAUGCUCACAUGAAAAUAACAGAAGGAGCAAUUGUGAGAAGAGUGGAGGAUGGGUUUUUUAAAUGUAGUCAAGAAAAAUAUGCUUUUUUAUGGGACUCUCCAAUCAUCCGUCACGCAAUUUCUAGUGAUUGUAGUUUAAUGGAGAUAGGGAGUCCAUUUGACCUGAAAGGAUAUGGAAUGGCAGCGAGGAAACACUCUCCAUAUACAGAGAAACUUUCACUUGGAAUUUUGAAAUUGAAUGAUAAUGGAGUGUUGUACAAGCUGGAGGGCAAAUUUUUUGGUAUUCCUACAUGUCCGGAUCCCCGUUCCAGUGCCAAGAGUCAAGAGAUUAAAAUGGGUGUGGCCUCUGGGAUGUUCUAUGUUCUGACAGGAGGCUGUGUACUGGCUUUGGUUGUAUUCGUCAUUGAAUGGUUGCACCAUAAGCGUUCCAAGAAGCAAGCUCGUGAGGAUAAACAGGAGCUAAAUAGCAAGCCCGAAGAAAACAGUGUUCAUAAUCACGUAGACAGAAAUACGUUUCUAGAUCUAGGGAGAGACAAAGAUGAAGAACUUAUCACUGUUUUAACGAGAACGUUGAGCAUCGGAGAAAAUUCGAUCCAUAGCAGAUGGCAAGGCGAACAUCUAUAACAGAAACGACCAAAUAUUGCAACGUCUUCCACUCACAAGUUUCUCAAUUGUGAUCAAGAGUACAUUUGUUCUCAUUGUUUUAUCAGGGUAUUCCCAAAUGUCAUAUUCACAAAAUGGUUGUUAUGUGUUAGGGUAGUUGAGAGGGAUAGAAUGUUGUGUUGAAUGAGAAGACAAAUGAGUUAAAAGUUACAAUGUAUAUGCAAAUUGGUUUCUCGUCUUGAUGCUAUAGUAAAUUACCCAUUUUGUUCGUGCAUCUCAGGAAAUGAUCACCUUGUAUCUUUGUGUUUGUUUCAUCUAAUUUCACUUUCAUUAUGAUGUGAGGUUCAUAUGACCCCCGAUAUAUAUGGGGUCUUUUAGACUUAUAUUACUUUGUAUAUCUCGAAUGUGUAUACCUCACAUUAGCGUUAUGGCUGUCUUUGUUAUUCAACGUUAGACAGGAGACUUAACUUCACAACUCUGACUGAUUUUAUUUUCCAUUUCAUUACAAAUGUAACCCUUCUUUAGAACUUCUUGACUAAUUCAACCUCCGGUAUAUAUCUAGCUAUAAUAAUAAUAAUGAUAAAGCCUUUAUUUAUCCAGGAUUACAUGUUUAGCGAUAACGCUAGUUUUCAAUAUGGUCCUGCAUAUAACAUACAUACAGACAUAUAUUAGUAAAAAUAAACACAGAUUAAAAGAAGUAGAGUACAUAUAAACUUAAGAAAGAAUUAUGAAUGUAAGAUAAAUAUGAACAACAUGAAGCCUAAAAAAAAGUAUGGUGAUGAUCUCCAAGAUAAUUUCUCUAAAAACACACAACACUUGUUGAGUUCCGUAUAUAUUCACUCAAGGCAUUCCACAUAGUGCUCCCUGAAACGCUGAAAGGUCUUCUAAAGAAAUGCUGUUUUGCCCUGGGUAUAAACAAUAUAUUUGAAUUAGAAUUUCUAGUUUGCCUCUGACUGACUUCUGAUACAUAUUUAAAAACAUUUAAAUAAUCUGGCAUUAAACCAUGUAAAACUUCAUACACUAAAAUUAUUUUUCUAUAGACAAAGUAAUCCGACGAAGCUAUGAAAUAUCUUCAUUGAUAGUUGUGCAAUGCUUUUUUAUAGAUGCACUUUGCUCAGAAAAUGGUUUUUUGGAACCUUAAAGCAUUGUCAGAUAUUGCAAUACAUGUACCAAAACCGAUAAUCAUUUCUUAUCCCAAUAACCUUAGACUUAUCCAGAAGUCAUCAUCUAGAGACUUUAGAAUCACUUUUGACAUGGGCGAGUAACAGAUGUAAUAAACAUCAUUAGGAAAAAGUAUUCCAUAAUAAAACUAAUUUACCAUUGGACAUUUAAAUAUAACAACUCGAUCGGAUUUUUUUUCGAAAAAAUUUAAUCUUGGGGAUUAAUUUCUCCUGUAAGUUUUUAAAAACCCUUUAGAAAGUCUUCUUGGAUCUAAGUUCCUAUAGCAAAAUAUAAUGUCUAAGAAAUUGAAAUGUAUUCAAUGAUACAGCACUUUCUAGUCGGCUUGAAAAAUCUUACUGAGAACAAACUUAAGAAAUUCAAAUUUCCUACAGAACACAAUUAUUUCAGGAUUUUCACUAAAAUUUCCUCUGUGUUUUCCCUACUCUUGAUAUUCUAUUUUUAUGUAGUAUUUGAGAUCAGUUAUUGGUUGAUAUCUUUACUUUUUCAUAUUAAAAUGCUUAUACAAAAUCAUUUUUUCCUAUUGGAUUUUUAAAAAAGAAGGUUAUUACAUGCAUCGUAUCUGUCACAUCAAAGUCACCUACGACAAGGGUAGUUCUAGAUUAUGUAGAUGAGCGUCCAGCAGAUGACACAUGUGGAAUUCAUGAAAAUCCAUGUGAUAUUGGGUACAACUUUGGCUUUAUCUCCGAAAUUGUCCAUCAUUACACAAAUGUAACUCACACCUGUGAAAUCUUUUUUUAACACGAAGUGCGGUGACAUACCCCACACUUCAUAAUGGAAUCAUAUCAGAAGCUUACCUAUUUGAUAUUUGAACAGUUUAUGCACUUUAUUCUGAAAAUGGUACGCUUGAACUUCAUUUUGUAAAAUGAUUAUGAAUAAUUUCGGUUAUUCAAUGUGUCCAGAUGUUCUUUUUAUAUUUAUUUCCAUAAAACAGUGGAAAUAAUGAUUGUAUAUUCAAUCAGUAAGAAUAUAAUACAAGGAUUUACAAUCCCAUGAAUCAUUAUUCCAGAUGGUGAGAUUAUCGCAUCAUGUUUUAUGAUAAAAUGAUGAAAUGCCAAAAAUAUUAGUUUGUCAAACUGUUGAAUCAUAAAUCUGGUGGAUGAUUUAAGGGUGAUUAAAUAACAAGUAGGAGUAUUCAUACAAGCUUGUUUACACACAAUGGAUUAUUUGAAUAAUAUCAUUAGUUUUGUUUCCCAAGGUAUUUUUAAUCAGUAUUUGGACUGUAUGAAGCUGCAGUUUCAUAGAAAAUAUGUCAUUCGAAAUUGAACGUCUCAAAUUUACAGGGUUGCUCUUUGUAUCGGCCAUUUGUCGUUCAUUCAAUAUGUUAUAGCCAUUGUAAAUAGAUUCAGAGUAUAUGACGCAUUAUUUAAACUUUGAGCGAAAUUAUACAUCGAUAUUCUUAUUUCAAGCAUUAAGUGUCUCAAUAAAGGGUUUAAUUUGUCCAUACAAUUACAUAAUUGUCUACAGCCUUAGUUUGUUUCAGAGAUAGUUAAACAAUGUUACAAUCCUCGCAUUAUUUGCUACCUCAUAAGUUUUAAAUUGAGUUUUUUGUCACGAUUCUUUAUGUAUUACAUUGAUUUCGGUAUUGUUUAUUGUGUCAUGCUAAGAAAACAUUAAUCAUAUGAAAAAGGGAUUAAUUAGCCUCAGUCUCCAAGUGAAAGCUCUUAUAUUAUUUUUCCUGUUUAAAUACAAUAUUCCAUAAAUAAAUAGUUCAUUACUUGUACAAACACUAUCCUAAUAGUUUUAAUUGAACUUGGAUUGAAUUUGAGCAAAAACAGGUACCACAUGAUUUUAUAUUGAAGUGUAUUUUAUCUUAAUUGUGUUCUCGUGAGCUAGUUGGGCAUUAUUGGUUUUGUACAUUUUCGUAUACGAAUCUGAAUAAGAUUUGGACUAUUGAUACAUUUACGUGCCUUAAUAAAAUGUUUUACUUGCAC